AUGGCUUGGAGUGAAUUCUCUGUCCUCAGCUGGCUCAGAGAGAGUCGGCAAUCCCGGAAACUAAUCUUGUUGAUUGUCUUCAUUGCAUUGCUCUUGGACAACAUGUUGCUUACUGUAGUUGUGCCAAUUAUUCCCAGUUACUUGUAUGGCAUCGAACACCAGAAAAAUGUAACAGAAGUCCAAACCAUUGGGCCAGAGACAGUUCCAUUGAAGUUGGACAGUUUUCAAAGUAUCUUCUCCUAUUAUGACAACUCUACAAUGGUUACCAGAAAUCAUUCUGAAGGUACACAGCCGGGAGAUUUUUAUCAUGCUCAGACACAGCAAAUGGCAAUAAAUAUGACUAAGACAUCAUCUGACUGCCCCAAGGAAGACAAAGACCUGCUGAAUGAAAAUGUUCAAGUUGGCUUGUUGUUUGCCUCCAAAGCGACAGUGCAGCUCAUCACUAACCCUUUCAUAGGGCCAAUGACAAAUAGAAUAGGCUAUCAGCUUCCCAUGUUUGCUGGCUUCUGUAUCAUGUUUGUCUCAACAAUUAUGUUUGCCUUUUCAGAAAGCUACAAGUUACUGUUUAUUGCAAGAUCACUUCAAGGAGUAGGUUCCUCUUGUUCUUCAGUUGCUGGGAUGGGUAUGCUGGCCAGUGUGUAUACUGAUGAUGAAGAAAGAGGCAAUGCAAUGGGAAUUGCCUUAGGAGGAAUGGCUAUGGGAGUAUUAGUGGGCCCGCCUUUUGGAAGUGUGAUGUAUGAAUUUGUUGGGAAAACAGCACCUUUCCUGGUGUUAGCAGCAUUAGCUCUUUUAGAUGGAGCCAUACAGUUGUUAAUUCUACAACCAUCCAGGAUACAGCCAGAAAGCCAAAAAGGAGCAUCACUACUGACACUCUUGAGGGAUCCAUACAUCAUUAUUGCAGCAGGAUCAAUAUGUUUUUCAAAUAUGGCUAUUGCUAUGCUGGAACCAGCAUUACCUAUCUGGAUGAUGGAGACAAUGUGCUCAAGAAAAUGGCAACUUGGCGUUGCUUUCAUUCCAGCUAGUGUCUCUUAUCUGAUUGGAACUAAUAUUUUUGGGGUCCUUGCACACAAAAUGGGACGGUGGCUUUCUGCUCUCAUUGGGAUGGUAGUAGUGGGAAUAAGCAUUUUGUGUGUACCACUUGCGAAAGACAUAUAUGGACUCAUAGCACCAAAUUUUGGAGUUGGUUUUGCCAUUGGGAUGGUGGAUUCUUCGAUGAUGCCUAUUAUGGGUUACCUUGUUGAUCUGCGGCACGUUUCAGUCUAUGGGAGUGUUUAUGCAAUAGCAGAUGUUGCAUUUUGCAUGGGGUUUGCUUUAGGUCCUUCUGUUGGUGGUGCCAUUGCGAAGGCAAUUGGGUUCCCAUGGCUCAUGACCAUAAUAGGAAUUAUUGACAUCCUCUUUGCUCCUUUAUGUUUUUUCCUACGUAGUCCACCUGCCAAAGAAGAAAAAAUGGCAAUACUCAUGGACCACAACUGUCACUUUAAAACCAAAAUGUAUACACAGAACAAUAUCCAGUCCUAUCCAAUAGGUGAUGAUGAUGAAGAAUCAGAAAGCGAUGAGUAA